AGGUACAAAUGAAAGCAAUAGCUUGCCAUAAAACAAUCAACAAUACUGUAGAAUGUUUCUUGCUCUUAUAAUGCCAUGUAAAUGCUUUUUAAUCAGAUUAUGUAGAAAAAACUAUGUUUUUAAAACUUGGUAGAGUAUAAGAUGAUUCAUGGGACUCUGAAGUAUUAACACAGUUUGUCUUCAGUCAUAGAUGGUUAUUUGGUAAUAUAUGGAGCUCAGGCAACUUCCCUUUGUGUUCUUUCUGAUUUCAAACAUCAGCUUUGGACGCGCUGAUGAAAGACCAAAACCCAAAGUGAGCAUUAAACCUGAUCAACAUGUACUCAGAGGAGACACAGUCACUCUCAGAUGUGACAUUGAUGCUGAAGGAGUCACUAUCUGGAAGUACAGCUGGUAUAAAGACGGUUCAGUCAGUGUUUUCAGUGAAGGACAGGAACACACAUUCAGUUCUGUUACUGAGUCUGAUGAGGGUAAAUACUCCUGUUAUGGAGCAGAGAGAGAAGGAUCACGAACAUCAAUCAUCAGUGAUGAAGUGACACUGACAGUAUCAGAUAAAGCCCAGACAGUUUUAAGCGUUUCUCCUCAGAAGUGGUUGACUGAAGGAGAUCCAGUGACUCUGAUCUGUGAGGUUAAAGGCUCCUCUACAGGCUGGACAUUCAGCUGGUACACUCAAACAGUUUUUACAGACAACAGUCAUCAUUAUCAUCUGCUCUCAGACAGCAGCAGAGGAGCUGGAGGAAACUACACUGUCAGUUCUGCUGCUCUAAAACACACAGGAGUUUAUGUGUGUAGAGCAGAGAGAGGAAAACCAGCAUAUAACACCACCUUCAGCAACACACAACCACUAUGGGUCAUAGGUGUUUCUCCUCCAGUCUCUCUGAUCAUCAGUCCCAACAGAACUCAACACUUCACAUUGGUCUCUCUCUCUCUGAGCUGUGAGGACCAGAGUAACUCUGAUAGAUGGACAGUGAGAAGAUACACAGAUAGUGGACAUCUAGAAGAUUGUUCAUCAUCACACUGGGGGCGACAAACAGGAUCUAAAUGUAAAAUCAGCCCCACCGUCCCAUCAGACACUGGAGUGUACUGGUGUCAGUCUGAAUAUGGAGAUAGCUAUAAUAUUGUUAACAUCACUGUACACACUGGUGUGAUUCUGGAGAGUCCUGUUCAUCCUGUGACUGAAGGAGAUUCUCUGACUCUACGCUGUUUAUAUACAUAUAUAAGCCCACCAAACCUCAGAGCUGAUUUCUAUAAAGAUGGAUCACUCAUCCAGAGUCAAACUACAGAGAUGAUCAUCUCUAAUGUCUCAAAGUCACAUGAGGGUUUCUACUACUGCAAACACCCAGAGAGAGGAGAGUCACCCAAGAGCUGGAUCUCAGUCAGAGGAGUCUCAAGUGAAUCCUGCUGUAUAUACUCUCACUCAGGAUCUCAGAUCUCUGUCCUUCACACACUCAGUUCUGUUCUGGCAGUUUGUCCAUAUCUGCUAGUGACAGUCGUGCUCAUCUUCAAAUGCUGCAGGAUGAGAGGUACAUCCGUUGAAGAGAAAGAAACUUCUUUAAAUGUUCACCGGAGACUCAGUGACUCUGAGAUGAGACCUGAUCAACAUGUAUUCAGAAGAGAGACAGUUACUCUCAGAUGUGACAUUGAUGCUGAAGGAGUCACUAUCUGGAAGUACAGCUGGUAUAAAGACGGUUCAGUCAGUGUUUUCAGUGAAGGACAGGAACACACAUUCAGGUCUGUUACUGAGUCUGAUGAGGGUAAAUACUCCUGUUAUGGAGCAGAGAGAGAAGGAUCACGAACAUCAAUCAUCAGUGAUGAAGUUACACUGACAGUAUCAGAUAAAGCCCAGACAGUUUUAAGUGUUUCUCCUCAGAAGUGGUUGACUGAAGGAGAUCCAGUGACUCUGAUCUGUGAGGUUAAAGGUUCAUCUACAGGCUGGACAUUCAGCUGGUUUACACUGUUUCAUCAGCAACAAACAGCCACUGUGGGUCACUGGUCUCAGGAAGUCUUGAGGCUCUAUGACAGUCUGUCAUUAACUGUCUGUCAUCAUUCAGUCAGUAUGGAGCUCAGUCAACUUCCUCUUGUCCUCUUGUUGAUUUCAAGCAUCAAUUCUGGACGCACUGAAGAAACACCAAAGCCCAAAGUGAGUAUCAAACCUGAUCAGCAUGUAUUCAGAAGAGACACAGUCACUCUCAGAUGUGACAUUGAUGCUGAAGGAGUCACUAGAUGGAAGUACCGCUGGUAUAAAGAUGGUUCAGUCAUUGUUUUCAGUAAACUGCAAGAACACACAUUCAGGUCUGUUACUGAGUCUGAUGAGGGUAAAUACUCCUGUUAUGGAGCAGAGAGAGAAGGAUCACUCAGAUCACAGAUCAGUGAUGAAGUUACACUGAUAGUAUCAGAUUUACCCAAACCAACUGUGAUUGUUGAGCCACAAAGUUCAGUGUUCACUGGAGACUCAGUUACACUGAGAUGUGAGGUGAAUCAAACUUGGGUUAGAUGGGAGUUUCUCUGGAUAAAAGACUCAAACACUCAACUGACUGAUACUGCAACUAAAACAAUUGAUUCAGUGAAAGUUUCUGAUGGAGGAGAGUACACGUGCAGAGCACGAAGGGAAGGAUAUUACACACAUUUCAGUGAACCAGUAACACUGACAAUAUAUGAAAGACCAAAAGCCAAAGUGAGCAUUAAACCUGAUCAACAUGUAUUCAGAGGAGAGACAGUCACUCUCAGAUGUGACAUUGAUGCUGAAGGAGUCACUAUCUGGAAGUACAGCUGGUAUAAAGACGGUUCAGUCAGUGUUUUCAGUGAAGGACAGGAACACACAUUCAGGUCUGUUACUGAGUCUGAUGAGGGUAAAUACUCCUGUUAUGGAGCAGAGAGAGAAGGAUCACGAACAUCAAUCAUCAGUGAUGAAGUGACACUGACAGUAUCAGAUCUCAGAGCAGUUUUAAGCGUUUCUCCUCAGAAGUGGUUGACUGAAGGAGAUCCAGUGACUCUGAUCUGUGAGGUUAAAGGCUCCUCUGCAGGCUGGACAUUCAGCUGGUACACUGUAAUAAUUUCAUCUGACUACAGCAGUAAUCAUUAUAAGCUGCUCUCAGACAGCAGCAGAGGAGCUGGAGGAAACUACACUGUCAGUUCUGCUGCUCUAAAACACACAGGAGUUUAUGUGUGCAAAGCAGAGAGAAGAAAAUCUGUGUAUUAUAAAACCAUCAGCAACACACAGCCACUUUGGGUCAAUGCUGUAUCUUCCUCCUCAGGUGUUUCUCCUCCAGUCUCUCUGAUCAUCAGUCCAAACAGAACUCAACACUUCACAUCGGUCUCUCUCUCUCUGAGCUGUGAGGACCAGAGUAACUCUGAUAGAUGGACAGUUAGAAGAUACACAAAUAGUUGGGGGCUGGAAGAUUGUUCAUCAUCAGUGUGGGGAUCACAAACAGGAUCUUCAUGUAAAAUCAGCUCCACCACUGCAUCAGACACUGGAGUAUACUGGUGUCAGUCUGAAUCUGGAGAGAACAGUCAUCCUGUUAAUAUCACUGUACACUUUUUUGUGAUUCUGGAGAGUCCUGUUCAUCCUGUGACUGAAGGAGAUUCUCUGACUCUACGCUGUUUAUAUCCAUAUAUAAGCCAACCAAACCUCAGAGCUGAUUUCUAUAAAGAUGGAUCACUCAUCCAGACUCAAACUACAGAGAUGAUCAUCUCUAAUGUCUCAAAGUCACAUGAGGGUUUCUACUACUGCAAACACCCAGAGAGAGGAGAGUCACCCAAGAGCUGGAUCUCAGUCAGAGCUGGUGUGAUUCUGGAGAGUCCUGUUCAUCCUGUGACUGAAGGAGAUUCUCUGACUCUACGCUGUUUAUAUCAACGUUCAACCCCACCAGACCUCAGAGCUGAUUUCUAUAAAGAAGGAUCACUCAUCCAGAGUCAAACUACAGAGAUGAUCAUCUCUGAUGUCUCAAAGUCACAUGAGGGUUUCUACUACAGCAUGUUAACACUGAAAGAUUCGUUAGCAAAUUGUUUGUGCUGUACACUUGUGAUCUGGACUCAGUGUGAAACAUUGUAUAAAACACUGUGACGGGCUCUGUGUUAA